AUGAUGUCCAGCAUCAGCGAUAUCGAUUUCCACGCGGAGAAAGAACUCGUCGCUAACGAGAAGGGCCGGGAUCUCAUGCAUGAAAUAAGAGAUGAAAUCCAGGAUGAGCAAGAUGGAGGACUCCAACGAAAGCAUGUCGAAGAAGCUCGGUGUGGUGACGCAAUCACUGCAAAUAACAAAAAACGGACCGACGGUAUUCGUGUCGUGAACAACUAUAUUCAUGGAGGAGAUAUCCUCAUGGACUGCCUUGCUGCAAAGCGUUUCGUGCCUACAAGUUUUGAGCGCCUUCACUUCCCGACUUUAUACGGGAUGACACUAGAGCAGGCGCAAGAGCUUAAAGACGUAAUGAGUCCGAAAUCGAUCGCUUUUUUGAAUCGGAUGGCUACAAUACUACUUGACAAGAAUCGGGUAAAGCUUUUGCCCGAAGACGACAAAAACGGAUUCUGA